AACAAAAUGAAUGCUUCUGGUCCUGCUCGAAUGCUGGUCUGCUAUGUUGGACAUCACCAUGGUCGACUGUUGCAUUGCAGUCCAUGCUUAACACUUUCAAAUGAUUGUAUAUUCCAAGACCUCAUAUUUUACAUUCCCUUUGGUGGAAAAGAGAGUAUCAUGAACUUUCGGCAAAAUCUAAUGGAAGCAAUGGGACAAAAUGUUCAUUUCGUGAUUGAUAGUUGGAUGGAAGGCGACAAUUUAACUGCAAGUGUAAUUUGGCAUCUUGAGUGGAAAGGCAAAGAGAUACCACAUACGACAGGUUGCAAUUUCUUUGAAUGUCAACAGAUUGAUGGAAAGCUUAUUAUCAGCAAAAUCAUAGGAGUGGAGGAGUUGCCAGUGAAACCCGGAGAUUGGGUGCUGAAACUAUUGAAAGCAACCAUUGUUGUUUUUGACAAGUUCCCCUUUCCGGCUGAACGCAUAGUUGCUUACAAGGUCGGAGGGAACACAUGAGGGAAUAAUCAAGCUUCUAGAAAUGUUGGGGGCUUAUAACAAUUAUUAAUUACGGAUUAAGUCUUAACUCGGUUAAUGUCAAUAUUAUUGUUAGUCUAAGAAAAAGUAAACUCGAAUACGAGUUUAUUCUCCUAUUUAAAAGUUAGAAAGUAUAUACAUAAUUUUAAGCUUAUAUAAAAAAUAAUUUAUA